ACCGAGAGGAGAUGGGCAGCGGCGUGAUCUCCGUCAGCAUCAAGGCGACUCAGACCGACGACGGUUUGAAGACGGCGGACGCGGUGGUGUCGGUCACCGUCGAGGACCUGAACGAUAAUCCUCCAGAGUUUGACCAGUCCGACUACUCCGUUACACUUCUGGAGAAUUCUCCCGUUGAUGCGGUUCUGUUCAAAGCCGUCGUCACCGACAUGGACCAGGGAGGAUUUGUGGGAGAUUUGCAGAUCUUUCCAGAAUCUUCUCCUUUCUCUAUCGGCGCUGACGGGACGGUCCGAGUGAAGAACUCCACCGUUCUGGACAGAGAGACCACGGAAAGAUUCACAUUUCAGAUCAAAGCGACUGAGACGGAUCCACCCAACAACGCUGCAGAGGUGCAAGUCAGUGUGUCUCUUCUGGAUGAGAAUGACAACAGUCCCGCGUUCACCAGCAAGACGUACGAGGGGAAAGUGUUUGCAAACCAAACCGUGGGAAUGUCUCUGGUCCAGGUUAAGGCAGAAGAUCCAGAUGCUGAUCAGAACGGGCGGAUCAAAUACUCUCUCGAGUUCGGCAACAACGACGGAUACUUCUCAAUUGAGGAAAACAGUGGAGACAUCACGCUGGCUAAAAUCAUUCCCCUGGUGGAGAACAAGAUGUUGGAGUUCCCUCUCUACAUAACAGCCAGAGACGGGGGAACCAUGUCCCGCUCCUCCUCAGCACAGGUUAACAUUCGUGCUCCUGGUGCCUCUAAUCCUCAGUUUUUACACAAAGUCUACCGUGGCACAGUGGAAGAAGAGCAGGAAACAGGAGUUGUCAUUCUUAGGGUGGCCUUCAUGGCGGUAGAUGCUGAGAUUCCUGUGACUCUCCGAGUUGAUACAGAAGCCGACAAGUUCGCCAUCUCCUCCGGUGGUGAAUUCAGCACUAAAGUGAAGCUGGACUACGAUGAGGCUCCUCACAACUACUCUGUGACGAUCUCCAUCUCUGACGGAGUCAGCAGCGACAGUGCAGUCGUGGAGGUUCAAGUCACCGACGUCAACGACAACAGUCCUGUUUUUACCUCGGAUUCUGUCACAGAAUCAGUCCCAGAGGACGCAGACGUAGGGUCCAAUGUGACUGUUGUUCUCGCUACAGACAAAGACAGCAGCUUCAACCAGGAGAUCAGAUACUCUCUGAGAGGAGGAGAGGGGAAGUUCUCUGUCCAUCCUGUGUCUGGGAUGGUGAGUGUGACUGGACCACUGGACAGGGAGACUAAGACAGAGUACAGCCUGCAGAUGGUGGCUGAAGACCAGGGUCGUCCAGCCAGGUCGGCCACAGCCUCCCUGCUGGUCCGAGUGUCGGACAUCAACGACAACGUCCCCAAGUUCUUAGAUCCUGAGUAUCAGGGUGAGGUCUUAGAGACGGCGUCAGUGGGUACGAGCUUGCUCACGUUAUCGGCGGUAGACCCCGAUGAAGGAGCAAACGGGAGUGUUACUUACAGUAUUUUGAGCCAAUAUCCCUCAUCAGAUGCUCCUGUUUUUGAGUUGGACUCUUCCAGCGGGACUCUGCAGCUGGCCCAGCCUCUGGACUACAGCGAGGUGAAGGUGUACAGCCUCGUGGUUCAGGCCUCCGAUGGAGGGACUCCCUCCCUGGUUGGGAACGGCUCCGUGGUGGUGAAGGUGAAGGACGUGAACAACAACCCGCCUGAGUUCAGUGAGGAGAGCUACAACGUGGCCGUCCCUGAGAACCUGGCCAGCGGCGCGUCCAUCCUGACCCUGGAGGUCACGGACCGGGAUGAGGGAGGAUUCGUGGGAACACUGCGGAUCCUUCCAGAAUCUGCUCCUUUUUCCAUCAACACUGACGGGACGAUCAGAGUGAGGAACACCACAGCUCUGGACAGAGAGACGACUGUGACCAUCAUGUUUCAGGUUGAAGCCAGGGAGACAACCCCACCCAACCAUAGUGCCACAGCCAAUGUAAAUCUAACUCUUCUGGAUGAGAACGACAACAGCCCUAAAUUCACCAGCAGCCAGUAUGGGAGCAAAGUUUUCACCAACCAAACAGAGGGGAUGUUUCUCCUGAAGGUUGAGGCAGAAGAUCCAGACGCCGGUGUCAAUGGACAGAUCAAAUACUCUAUCGACUUUGGGAAUCAAAACGACUACUUCUCCAUUGAUGAAGACACCGGAGCAAUCACUCUGAUGAAAAUGAUUCCACUGGAAGCACAUCAAACCUUGGAGUUCCUGUUGUUCAUCUCAGCCAGAGAUGGAGGCGUGGUGUCUCGCUCCGCUUCAGCACAGGUGGAGAUUCUUGCAUUCGGCGAUGCUAAACCACAAUUCACGCAGAGUACCUACAGUGGCAUUAUAGAAGAAGAAAGAGACCCAGGAACAUUGAUCCUCAAGGUUGACUUCCUUGCAACAGGAGACAUUCCUGUUACUCUCCGAGUUGAUACAGAAGCCGACAAGUUCGCCAUCUCCUCCGGUGGUGAAUUCAGCACUAGCGUGAAGCUGGACUACGAUGAGGCUCCACACAACUACUCUGUGACGAUCUCCAUCUCUGACGGAGUCAGCAGUGACAGUGCAGUCGUGGAGGUUCAAGUCACCGACGUCAACGACAACAGUCCUGUUUUUACCUCGGAUUCUGUCACAGAAUCAGUCCCAGAGGACGCAGAUGUAGGGUCCAAUGUGACUGUUGUUCCCGCUACAGACAAAGACAGCAGCUUCAACCAGGAGAUCAGAUACUCUCUGAGAGGAGGAGAGGGGAAGUUCUCUGUCCAUCCUGUGUCUGGGAUGGUGAGUGUGACUGGACCACUGGACAGGGAGACUAAGACAGACUACAGCCUGCUGAUGGUGGCUGAAGAUCAGGGUCGUCCAGCCAGGUCAGCCACAGCCUCCCUGCUGGUCCGAGUGUCGGACAUCAACGACAACGUCCCCAAGUUCUUAGAUCCUGAGUAUCAGGGUGAGGUCUUAGAGACGGCGUCAGUGGGUACGAGCUUGCUCACGUUAUCAGCCGUAGACCCCGAUGAAGGAGCAAACGGGAGUGUUACUUACAGUAUUUUGAGCCAAUAUCCCUCAUCUGACGCUCUUGUUUUUGAGUUGGACUCUUCCAGCGGGACUCUGCAGCUGGCCCAGCCUCUGGACUACAGCAAGGUGAAGGUGUACAGCCUCGUGGUCCAGGCCUCCGAUGGAGGGACUCCCUCCCUGGUUGGGAACGGCUCCGUGGUGGUGAAGGUGAAGGACGUGAACAACAAACCGCCUGAGUUCAGUAAGGAGAGCUACGACGUGGCCGUCCCUGAGAACCUGGCCAGCGGGGCGUCCAUCCUGACCCUGGAGGUCACGGACCGGGAUGAGGGCGGAUUCUCCGCUGGUUACUUCCUCUACACCAGUGAUACCUUUGACAUCAACAAACAAGGAGUGGUCUCGCUGAGGAGGGACGUCACCUUGGACCGAGAGACAAAGGACAGAUACAUGUUACAGGUGGAGGCGGUGGACCAGCCCGUUGACGGCCUGCGAUCAACGGCUCAGCUCAACAUCACCGUCCUGGACUACAACGACAACUCCCCCCAGUUCCCGAGGAUCCCGGACCCGCUGCAAAUCCCCGAGGGCGUGUACUCGGAGGACGCUCCAGGAGAGGUUUUCACCUUUGUGCCAACAGACGCAGACCUCGGGCCCAACGGAGAGGUGGCCCUCUCCCUCCUCUCCCCCCACCCACUCUUCAGAUUCACAGAGGACGGGACGUUGCUGGCUGUCGGCUCUCUGGAUCGGGAGAGCAGGGAAACGUACGAGCUGCUCGUGAAGGCCUCGGAUAAAGGCACCCCCCCGAGAGAGAACGUCACCAGCGUCCGAGUGAGCCUCCAAGACGUCAACGACAACCGACCCGAGUUCAGCUCCAGCAGCUACGUCAGCAGCAUCCUCCUGAAAGACGCCGCGGAGGGGACGCUGCUGCUGACGCUGCACGCCAGGGACGGGGACGCCGGGGACAACUCGCUCAUCACCUACAGUUUCUCUGCAGGAAGUUCUCCGUAUUUGACCUUGAACAGCGAGAGCGGAGACGUGACGUUGACCUCUGACCUCGCUGAUGUCACAGAGGACACCACCCUGGUGCUGACGGCCAUGGCCGAAGACCACGGCCAGCCUCCUCUCAACGCCACAGCUCGGGUCGUGGUGAAUCUGCGGGUGGUCAGCCUGGUGGAGGGCGUGGCUUUCCGGAGCUCCUCCUACAACUUCAGCGUCCCCGAGAACCAGCCGGGGGGGGCGGGGGUGGUGGGGACCGUCUGGGCCUCCGCAGGAAGUGACCUUUACGACGUCGCCUACACACUGACCACACACGCUGACCUGUUCUCCGUGGACGCCAGCGGAGCCGUCCGCACUAGAGCCCAGCUGGACAAGGAAGACCAGGACUGGUACAUCCUGGACGUGGAGGCCGUGGACACAAGGACCCCCCCUACGUCAGCCACUGCAAUGGUCAGGGUUCAGGUGGAGGACGUGAACGAAUCUCCACAGUUUCUCUCUCAGGUCUAUAAGGCGUCUGUGUUCAGCAUCGCCCCGUACAAAACCUCCGUCAUCCACGUCCAGGCCUCAGACCCCGACGUGGGAGAGGAGGGUCGGCUGGUCUACAGCCUGUCUGCAGACCGCGGGGACUUUGACGUGGACCCGUCCUCCGGGCUCCUGUACGUGGUCUCGGUGCUGGGUCUGGCUGAUCAGACGGCCGCUGUGGAGGUGAAGGCCACGGACCCCAGAGGACUUCAGGCCACAACCAGGGUGGAGGUGGAAGUGCACGGAGGUGCGAGCAGCAGCGACGUGGUGGUCGUGUCCCUCAACCAGCCCGCUAACGUCGUGGAGAAGAAGGUCCCGGAGCUGGAGAA